AUGCCAACCACAAGGCGAGCCAGGAAGGGCAUAUCUGACGCUCAGAAGCAGGCUCUACGCGUCUAUGCAUCCGAAACACAGCCUACGCCUUCUCAGCGAGUCUGCGUUGAGUGGUUUCGGUCCCAAUUUGGUCGACUUAUUGAUCGGGCCACUGUCUCAAAGAUCCUUUCAUCCAAAUACCAGCAUCUUGAUAUUGGUCCAGCAAGUCUAAAUAUGCGCUCAUCGACAUCACAUUGGCCUAUAUUAGACCAAGCUCUCUUUGAAUGGCAGCAACGACAUCAGGAUGCCGGCUUUCCUAUAACAGGCCCACUACUUCGGCUUAAAGCUAUUGAGUAUUGGAGGAAAACCCCUGAAUAUGCUGAACGUCCAGUGCCCCUUUUCUCUGAUGGGUGGCUUAUUCGUCAAUAUCAACCAGAGGAUAUAUAUAAUAUGGAUGAAACUGGGCUUUACUGGCGCCGUAUGCCAAACGGUGGUCUAUCAACAGAUGGUUAUGCUGGUCAAAAGAGAGAUAAGGCCCGAGUCACUAUAGUAGUUUUGACGAAUUCUACUGGAUCAGACCGACUUCGCGCGUUUUAUAAGAAUAUUGGCAAGCAACGACGCGUUCUGCUCUUGCUAGACAAUUUUAGCGCACCUCUAUGUGCGCUUGAAGAUGCACCGCCACCAUCUAAUAUCAAGGUGGUAUUUUUCCCAGCAAAUGCGACAUCGGUUUAUCAGCCAUUAAAUCAAGGAAUCAUCCAAAAUCUAAAGCACCAUUAUCGGAGGAAAUGGAUGAUAUGGAUGAUUAAUAUCCUUGACCAGAACCUCGAUCCGAAGAAGAAAAUGAGCCUCAAUUACACCCUCCGCUGGCUUACCCAGGCCUGGCGAAAUGAUGUUCUUGAUCAGACUAUACAGAACUGCUUUAUUAAGAGCACUAUCGUUAGUCGCUGCACUGAUCAGAUACAAAGUGCGCCAAGGCCAGAACCGCUUGAAUUAAUGCCUCUAUACCAGAGCGUAAUCAACCGGUUUCCUGCAGAUGUGGAUAGCGAUACACAUACAGUCAUGUCAUUGGAUAAUUUCUUAAAUCCAUCAGAUGAAAAUGACUUCGGUGAGUCUGAUUUAUCUGAUAUCAUCGCCGACAUAUCUGGUGAGGGUGGUGAUGGU